AUGAUAUCACUGAUUCACUCUCAAGUCCAAAGUUUGAAAUGGUUCGGGAUAAACGCUAUUGCCGUUGGUCCACAACAUCCAGUUGAAAUGUUGACCAUACAAGACGAAAGUGAAGCUUCGCAUUCACUAAUAUAUACUACACCAGAAUAUUUUGCCACAAAGUUAAAGCACCGACUUUCUUUAUCAAAACAAUUAAAGCUCAUUGUCAUAGAUGAAGUUCACAAAGUAUUUGACAAGAACAGUGAGUUUAGGUCAUCCUAUGACACGCUUAAGUUUCUUCAAGAUGACUUUCCUGGCAUUCCAAUCAUGGCAUUAACAGCAACUGUUAACAAAGAACAAUUAAAUCUCCUUUGUGAAUACUAG